AUGGAUCUAGUCCUAGAACACUAUUUUGCAGUUGCUACUAGUACCAUAGAGAUGUUCGAUUCUACUGAUACCAAUGUUGAGGCAUCCAUUGUGUAUUCUCCAAAGUCUUUUAUCCCUCGAUUUUUGAUGACAAAUCUCACUGUGUACGUUCUGGGACAAUCUUUAAAUUUGAUAGAGCUUGCUGUCCAGUUAGAAAACGUUGAACCAAUGGUGCAGAAAGUAUUUGGUUUUGAGCCCCCCCUUACUCCUCCUUCUAAACAGGAUUCUGUGGUGAAUAUGCCAGAAGGAAAUGGGGAAAUUAAUUACCCCCCCUCCCCCACAGUUCAACAGAAGGCGAGGAGGAAGACCUCCAAACGAAACAGUCAUGAGAACCCUGAAAAAAAUAAAUAUCACAAAGCGAAGCAGAGCUGCCAGAGUGACGACUUUGUUAAGAUAAAUGAAGUCGAACAAAAGGGUCAAGAGGUUCAGUAUAAUAAAAGGUUUAGCCUAGCCACAGAAGAACUCAUGCUUCCUACAAUAUCUGGCCUUCCAGUCAAACUUGCUUUAAAUGCUUCUGCUGCCACUAACCUACGUGUCAAAGGAAAUGUGGAUUUCAAACAGUGGUCUGACUUCCACUUAACAGGAUAUAUCAAACCCAGUGCUGUUGUCCAAGUCACAGCUCGUAUGGGAAUUACAGGAAUAUUUGGAGAACGUGGGUUGGAAUGGAUAGCAACUCUGAGGACAUCAACCAGCAUUGAUGGUGGAGUCCAGCUGAAAAAGGGACAAGAAAUGAAAAUGUUUUUCAACACACCUGAGGAGUCGAUGGACUUGUUUGAUAUCAGCUCUAAACUGUACGUGAUGAAUGCCGAAGGAAGUCAGGAAAUUGGCAGUUUGAGAGAUCAUCCCAAAGCCAAGUCAUGCACAGAUGCAGAAGUGUCAAAGCUUGUUGGUUGGCAACUGUGUUUUGAUGUUUCCAGUUCAGAGGUCAGCACUGGUCUCCCAUUUCCACUGUCAGGAUCAUCAAGGGCUGCAGUAUAUUUGAAAAAGCAGGACAAUGGACUUCAGCAAUACGUGUUCGAAGCAGCUUAUAACUACACUCGACAGGUAGAUACCUGGAUUCCAAAUGAAGCAAACCUUCAUUUUCUCUUGGGAACGCCUAAGUCAGAUAUUAAAAGAGAUGUAAGCAUUGACAUCAGUUUUAACUAUCUCCAGAAGAAAUUUUUGGCUAGACUGGUGCAUCCAAGGAAAAUCAUCCAGCUUGAAGGAAAACUUGAGUUGUUCAGAAACGCCCGCAUUGGAUAUAUUCAACUUCUAUUAGAUGACAAAGACUUGUACUUUGUUAAGAUCAUGGCCGACAUGCAAACAGCGAAAACAGAACAGCAUUACCUGUGCCAGCUGGAACUGAAACUGACAAAACAAGGCUAUCCCAUCAUUCUCUCUGGCAACUUCACAAAGCACCUGGACAAGAAGAUAGCACUAUCUGCUUCAUUAAUAAAUGUCCUCAGAGAUACUACCUCUGUUUCAGUUGUGGUGGAGCGUAAGAUGGAUGAAAAACUGAAGCAGUACUCCUUUGAGGUGGACGUCUUUCUUCCUGGAGUGGUAGGGUCUCGUGCCAUUGGCCUUCUACAACAAAAAGGAAACAGCUGGUCUAAUGCAGUGCGGGUCAAGUAUGGAUUAUUAGGCUCACAUAUGGCAUGAAGAGACCACUUCAUGGAUCCAGUCCCAGUUAGAGCUCAAUUAUGGAAAACAUUGGGAUGAAAUCAAUAACAAGCGGAAAGUGAUGAUCACGCAGACCUUCCGGAAUAACUCCAGUCCAGCCCUUGCCAGCUAUUUCUUGGAGUUUACCCUACAGCUUCCUGCACAACAGCUGAACUACCGGACACAGCUGCAGCACACUCAUUCACGGCAAGGGCAUAUGGAGAGCAGCACCAAUUUCAAAGUAGAGUAUAAUGACCGUAUGCCAUUUGUUGUUGGACUGCACUGGAAGGACACGUCCAAGCCUCAUUUUAAGAAGUGGGAUGGUACUGUCAACAUGGACACACCUUGGCUUUAUCUGUAUCUAGCACACAAACUGAACCAGCCACAGAGAGGCGCAUACCAGUCUAGUACAGAACUGACUUCUGGGAAGGCUAUCUCUAUAAAAAACUUAGUGAUCAAUACUUACUACAAGGACAGCAUGAGUGACAAAGAAGGGCGAAUUCACAUAUACACCCCGAGUGCUACUUACCUAAAGGCAUCAACAGUUAAUCAUUUGGAAGGCAAUGUCUUUAGAAGCUACAGCGAGAUUGCAUCUUUGUGGAAUCAGCCUCUGAAAACUGACCUCUAUCUUGAGAACACUGACAGGACAAAGGCAUUUGUAUUGAGGAUUAGAGGUGCAAAGCAGGAGUUCAACUUUACAGCUGACUACAUGAAUCUUGCAGAGCUCAGGAAAACAAACCUAUCAGUUCGAUGCACGUGGAUGGAUCGUAAGAGUGUGCCAAUAGUAAUACAGCUGGAUGGACGAGUGGAGGAACUGAAAAGACUGAAAAUGUUUUAUCAGAAGCAAGCUUCACUCCAUUUCAGACACUCUUUUAAAUUGCCAGUACCACAGAGUUUCUUGCUGAUGGAAACUUUUACUGUGAACAAGAAGAAGAAGCAUUAUGUUCUGGAAACAAAGGCUUUACUUAAUGGGAUUGAUGAAACAGUUCAAACACUAACCCUGGGAUAUCAAAAGAAGAAUCCUUAUAUAUGUGCUGGCCUUGCUCAUCCUUAUAAGAACAAGAUUAUUCCAAAGAAUAUGGAAAUGUGUGUCCGAAUAAGACGUGGACAGAAUAUGAAGUACGAGACUGAAGCAGUUCUGAAAAUCAAUAAAAAGGACACCCUCCACUUUUUGGGGAAGUACCAAAACAGAUCUAAUGAUGACGAUUUGUGGCAUAUCGCUCAUAUGGAUAUGAGCCAUGGUUUUCAGAUGAAGUUUCCACAUGCUGUCAUCUUGGAUGGAGAAAUCUUCUCCAAACAUGGCGCCUUACAAGGAUUUGAUUUUGGAGUGAUGGGCAGAGUCACCCUCAACAAGCGAGAAACGUCUCAGUUUAGUGCUCAGAUGAGUGGAUCAGGCUCUCACAUCAGCCUUUCUUCACAGUUACAUCACCCUUACCAUCUGUGGGUUCCGCAGAGAGUAGAGGCCCGUGCCACUGGAAGACGCUAUGGGGACAGCAACUUCAAUGGCACAUUGUACUUCAGCUCUGGUGGAAAACGUAUGAUUUCAAUGGAAGUAGAUAUGACAAAUGAAAUCCUAAAGCGCACUAAAGCCAUAGGUGUGACAGCUAAUAUCCAUCAUACUCUGUCUGCUGAGCAGAAGGCCAUCCAUGCUGGUGUAAAAGGAAACAUUUCAGAUUCAAGGAUUUCUGUGGUUUCUGGCAUAAAAAUAAACAAUAAGUCUCUCCAGAUGAAUUUUGUUGGAUCAAGAGAGCAGAAAGGAGGACUAAUUCUUACACUUCAGGGGGAUUUUCAGCACAAUAUGAAAAGCUUAGGAAUCAUUCCGCAACAUCUUUACAUGGAUGGAGUUCUGUUAUUCAAAUAUGGCAUUCAGGAAGGUAAUGUAAGUGUUGAACUUGACCAUGUAGUCUAUGGACUGCAACUUAGGAACAGCUAUGGAAACAACAGCGUACACAGAUUCAUGGUGGCUGUCAGGCAGAACGGCAGUGUUGAAGUGCCAGGUUUGACUGAACUGAAAGGACGGUUGGAAGUUUCUGAAGGAACCAAAGAAGGGAGAGCAUGUCUGCUUGUGGAUCACAAAAAGCUUUGUCUGGAAGCGAGCAGCAUCAACAACCAAGACCAAUCUGGUUUCACUGGUAAAGUGAUACACAACAUCCAAGAAUUUCAAAAUGCAGGGAUAACUACAAAUGGCAGUGUUCUUCUACUCUAUGACCACAUCAGUCACAAUCGGACAGUUACAGCUGCAAUGAAGAGUGGACAAAGCCAUAUCGAAGCCUUAAUCAGAAUGGAGAGAAUAUCAGGAGAUUCUCCAAAGUGUCAGCUAAGUGGCAGAGUUCAACACAAUAUUCACCACCUUAAGAAGCUUGGUGUUCCUUUCCUCACCACAGCAUCAUGUUUUUACCAGGUAUCAGUGAAUGUAAUAUAA